AUGGAUGAGAGCGUACUCUUUGACUACGAUGACGCAUGGCAUGAGGUGAACGGCGAUGGUGGUGGAAAUCCUAUCUCAACAGCAGUUGACCAGUACAUGGAGCAAGUCACCCUGAAGCAUCAAGAAGACAAGCAGGCCGCUCUCGAACGGCAGUAUGAAGCUUUCGAACGCUACAUCCAAAAUUUAACAGCUGGAGGAUUCACCCCAUCCACACCGAUGACUCCUGGAUAUGGUUUUGGAACUCCAUUGGGCACGCCGGGCACUGCUCUACCGCCUUUUCCGUUCCCAGCAAAUCCGAAGCAGAUGGUUCGCAGCAAGUUCUUCUAUUGGGCUCAAAGAAAGGAGGAGAUGUUCGCAGAGUCUCUAAAGAGGCUGAAGAGCGAUGUGGUCCGGGCAAAUGCCCUGACUCGUGAGGCCAACAUGAUCAGCCGUGAGCUUGGAAAUUCUCGACGGCAAACCACUUAUGACGUGACUCUUCAAAUUCCUGCUGCGAACCUGAGACCAAGCAAAAUCAAGGCUGGCACAUUUGUUUGUGAACCUGUGAUAGUUGUCCGCCGUGCAGGAAUGAGCGGUAGCCAACUGUGGACGGUUGCGCAGCUGGAGAACAAACUGAUUGAUAUGAGAGAAAUGUACAAUGACAAACUAAACGGAGUCAUACGGGAGUCAUCAUGUGCCUCUAGCCCUGAAGGAUCACCAGCACAUUCGGUGGCGCAAACAUCAGUGGAUGAAGUCAUGAUCGAUCCUUUCUUCGAGAGUCAGGAGCAUCACAAUCUGAUUGGGGUGGCCAACGUGUUCUUGGAGGUUUUGUUCCAUGAUAUGAAGCUUGACUAUCAGGUGCCAAUAAUUUCACAUCAGGGUGAAGUGGCUGGACGGCUUCAUGUGCAGAUUUAUAGGGUACCAAACUGCGAUACUGAAGGAGUGCAGUCGCCCGAUUACGGUGAAGGGAUGGAAAGGGCUGAGAGCUUACUUGGAAAAGUAAUUACUUGUCGGUUAAAUAAAACUGUGGAGGAAUAG